AGAGCGAAGAAUGACAAGCCCUUUCACCAGCCAUGACAACGGGCGUACCGCCCCACCCCCGUACUCUCAGCAUGCGAUGUCCAGUAACAGGCACUGGCACUCGGGAACAAGGGAGGCAUCACCACUCGUCCAUUCAGAAAGUCUUGAUAAAAGACGUCCGUCAGCAAUAAGCUGUGUGGUCACGAUCAUUACGUUCAUCAUCACUAUCUCCCUUUUCGCGUCGUUUAUCACGGGCAGCGCAACACGGCAUGAUUCCUGUGUAGAUGAGCACAAAGAUGAGCACAAGGACGAGAGGCUCAAGAUGAACUUGUUUUGGGAUGGAUUCUCUACCGAGGGCUGCGUGCGUUACCAGAGGAGGCAGUAUCGUGCAAGGCUUAUGAACAUGCGGGCGGGGUACGAGUACCCCAUAGAGGCCUGUAUGAAGAUGCCAAUUCCUAUCGACGGGGUGGAAAGGUUUCCUCUUAGAUGCGUGGACAAGGGUAUUGGUGGAUUGUACGGUAUAUGGGAAGUAGACGGUGAAGGAUACUGCGCGACUUUCUUUGAGGAGUUUCAGCCCAUGGAAUGUACUGCGUGGGGUUCGGGACUGAAGCGCUAUAGAAUGUACAUGGCGAGGCUCAAUCGUGGAGACGAUUGGCGGGAUAUGUGCUCCUCAACACCUGCGCGGUUGCUCAAUGUAACUUUUGACGGUCCGACCUACUGUGACCAGCAGAACGGGAGGACCUACGGAUAUUGGGAGAUUCCUGAUAGCGACUGUGAGAAGUACUGAGGGAUCCAAAUGCACAUCUGAAUCCCUUCGGUUGAUUCACAAAUUAAUGCUUCUGUCCAGUCCCUCAUUGUUUAGUAAUUUUAGUCGUAUGAACGUAUGGACGUCUGAAGAGUUGAUGCAUCUAAAUUCACUUUCUGGUCUCAUUUAAAGCAG